AUGUUAUUGUUCCUGCUUGUGCUUGCUUUCUCAUUAUCCAAAGUCCGAUCAAUUGCAUUCGAACCAUAUAGUCUAAGAACGCAGAGUCUCUAUGAACCGCUUGGAAUAGAUGUUAAGAUACCACUACUCAGCUGGCGAUUACAAAGUUCGGAAAUUACUCGUGGCAUAAGUCAAGUAGCUUAUCAGAUUCGAGCUGCUCAUCAUGAGAGAGAUCUGGAAGUGAACCCGUUGUGGAAUUCUGGAAAGAUUGUAUCGGAUUCUACAGUGAUUACCUGGGGAGGACCAACACUACGAUCUAGAGAAAGAAUUCUUUGGCAAGUGCGACUUUGGGACAGUGAUGGUAAGACAUCGGGAUGGAGCAAGAUUGCAUCGUUUGAGAUGGAUCUCUUGAAUGCACGUGACUGGGAUCCGGCAGUUUGGAUUAAGAACAAGGAUUAUGCAACUGGUAAUACGUCUCUUCCUUACUUUGUUAAGCGCUUUAGAAUCUCAAGCGCAAUAUCAAGUGCACGACUAUGGAUUGUAGGAUUGGGCCAGUUUGUUACAACAGUUAAUGGUCAAUCGGUGACAAGCGGUGUUCUUAAUCCUGGAUAUUUCGAUUGGAAUAAGACCAUUGAAUAUUCAACUUAUAAUGUUACGGCUGCUCUGAAAGAUGGUGAUAAUGUCCUGGGUGUAGCUCUAGGAAAAGGAAUUUAUAGAGCUGAAAAACCACUUGGUGGGCGAUACUACAAAUUUCUCACAACACCACAUCCAAUGAAGUUGAUUGCACAACUACAACUGAACUAUACAGAUGGAAGUUGCCAGUAUAUGGUAUCGGAUUCUAGCUGGCUAACUACUGUUAGUGGUCCUUUGCUUGAAUCUAGUUGGUACGGUGGUGAAGAAUAUGAUGCACGAAAGGAACUUCUUGGUUGGGAUACACCAACAUAUGACCAUUCGACAUGGAAGAUGGCAGAUAUUUCGAGCAUACCAAAUCCCAACGCUAUCUAUCGAGCUCGAGAAUCUCCUUCUAUCCAGUCAGUUGAAGAAAUUACUGCAAUCUCUGUUACAGAUCAAGGUAAUGGUACGUAUAUCUUCGAUUUUGGAGUCAACCAUGCAGGCUGGCCAAAGUUAAGUAUGAGAGGUGCACGUGGAACAACUGUCACUAUGAGACCAGCUGAGCUGCUCAACUCAAAUGGAACUAUCAAUCAAGUGACGGAGGGAACUCCGAUUUAUGAUCGUUAUACCUUUUCUGGUAACGGCAUUGAAACCUAUGUUCCAACCUAUAGGUCUUACGGAGAGAGAGCUUUAUUAGAAGAAUUUUAUUCCAACAUGGUUUCAUGGAUUGAUUAUUUGACGUCCAAAGCCGAAAAUAAUAUUGUAUCAUACGGUCUUGGUGACUGGUAUGCCAUCGAUCAAUCAACUCCUGUUGGAGUCACCGGGACAUAUGGGUAUUGGAUGUCUGCUAAUGGACUUGCGACGAUUGCAUAUGCUUUGAAUAGAACUGUUGACGCCCAGAAAUAUUCUGACUUAGCAUCAAAAAUCUCGUCUGCCUUUCAUACGACCUACUUCAAUGCAAGUGCCCAUACCUACGCUACAGGAAGUCAAGCUGCUGAUGUAUUUGCAUUAGAAAUGGAUGCAGUGCCCAUCAAAGAACAACAAAACGUUAUUCAACAUCUGAUAAAUGACAUCCGUCAGCGUGGGAACCAUACCUCCACUGGCGAAGUUGCUCUACCGUCCUGGUUUCGAAUGCUAAGCUUCUAUGGUCAUGACGAUGUAAUCUAUGACUUCCUUUCACGGACAGACAGUCCAAGCUAUGGUUAUGCAAUUAUUCACGGUGCAACAUCUCUCACUGAAGAUUGGGAUGGUCCUGCUCCAGCUCGAGGUCAAUCGCUGAGCAGUCAAAAUCAUUUUAUGUUUGCUGCAGUGGACGAGUGGUUGAUGCGGUCUCUUGCCGGCAUACAACAAGCUGCUAACUCUAUAGACUAUCGCAUCUUAAAUAUUAAACCUGCUAUUGUUGGCAAUAUCAGUCAUGUCGAGGUGACUUAUAGGACAACCAGAGGGUGGAUGAAGACUCGAUGGAAUCGAAUUGGAACAGCUUUUACAUUGCAAGUUAUGCUUCCAUAUGGAUCGAUUGCGAAUGUUUAUGUACCGGGAAUGAACGCAACAUCAAAUUAUGGAAUGCUGAUUCAAGUUAAAAAGACAGAAGCUAUGACCGUAUUCAAAAUUGGAAGCGGCAGUUAUACGUUUAAAUCGGUUUUUGAUGUAAAUACAAAACGGGAAUGA